GGGACAAAGUGUCCGCUGAGCUGCGUUGAUUGGUCCUGAGCAGCAGUGAUGUCACCGCCUGCUUCGACGUUCCGUGCCGGUGCAGCAGCUCGUGCAAGCUGAGGGCUAGAGAGGAUCUCCAGAUGGAGUUGGCGCGCGAGGGGAGUAGAGCUGUGGCUCGUGCGACCGCGACACAGUAGAAACGGCUGCAUCGCACUGCCUUGAUGAACUCGACCUGGACCCGCACACAGCGCAGCAGCCCGUCAUGGGGGACGGCGGCGCGUCCUCGCAGGUGAACUUCCAGAAUGCCUCGGACGCACCGGGCUCCACCGCAGCUGCGUCCGAGCAGUGGAUGGCGGGGAUGAGCCUCUUGAUGGGUCUGAUCGUCCUAUCCAUCGUGUUCGGAAAUAUCCUGGUCAUCGUGGCCAUAGCCAAAACGCAGAGGCUGCAGACGCUCACCAAUGUGUUCAUUGUGUCGCUGGCGUGCGCGGACCUCAUCAUGGGGCUGCUGGUGGUUCCCUUUGGCGCCGCGCUCGAGGUGCGUGGCUCGUGGCUGUACGGCUCCUUUUUCUGCGAGUUUUGGAUCUCCGUGGACGUCCUGUGCGUCACAGCCAGCAUCGAGACCCUGUGCGUUAUCGCCAUAGACAGGUACGUGGCCAUCACCUCCCCUUUCCGCUACCAAAGCUUGUUAACCAAAGCUCGGGCCAAAACGGUGGUGUGCGCAGUCUGGGCUAUCUCUGCGCUGGUCUCCUUCCUGCCCAUCCUGAUGCACUGGUCCCGGGACAGUGAGGACACAGCCUGCUACGAGGACCCUGAAUGUUGCGACUUUGUCACUAACAGGGCAUAUGCCAUCUCCUCAUCCGUCAUAUCUUUUUACAUUCCUCUACUGGUCAUGAUAUUUGUUUACGCCCGCGUGUAUAGAGAGGCGAAAAAGCAGGUGAGGAAGAUCGACAAGUGUGAGGGCAGGUUUCACAACACCUUAACCGGCCUGACCUCCAAGUGCAAGAAGAGGCCGUCUAAAAUCUUGGCGCUCAGGGAGCAGAAGGCACUUAAAACGUUGGGCAUCAUCAUGGGGACGUUCACCCUGUGCUGGCUGCCUUUCUUUAUAGUCAAUGUGGUGCGGGUGUUUUGCGCAGAGAUGGUGCACAAGGACCUUUUCGUGUUUCUAAACUGGCUGGGAUACGCGAACUCUGCGUUUAAUCCCAUCAUUUACUGCCGGAGCCCGGACUUCAGGAAGGCUUUCAAGAGGCUGCUGUGCUGCCGGAGGCAAACCGACCGCAGGCUGCACAUCAGCUCCUGCGACCUGUCCCGGUGCUCCGGGGGGUUCGUGACCGCUCUGGAGCCCGGUACUUUGGGGCUGUGGACGGAUUGCGCCGGCUUGGACAACAGUGACAGCAGCCUGGUAGGGACCGCGAAGCUGUCUCACUCUGAAUCACAGCUGUGAAGAAACUCAUUCAUCUUUUCUUAUCGUGGAUUACAACAGCCUGGGAACAGGAUGGGGACAAAAGCAGACGCUGACUCCUUGUGCACGGGUUUGUUUUUGGGUAUGCGCAAGAGAAACGUCGGGGGAAUAGUCCAGAAAUGUAUUUGAAAGCCAUAUUGUUUUUUUUUUUUUUUAAAAGGCAUCAGGACCAAUGUUCUUUCCAAGAUGCGCAAAUCUCUCCAGGACAGUUUAGUGGCUAAGAGAUGAUCCAAUUUGCUAAAUUAUAUCGAACCUAAAAAAAAUUGCUAGGUGGAUUUGAUGAAUCAUAAUGGGUGCUGCACUUUGCCAUACAACAGGAUUCAGUGAAUUGACACUCCUUUCAAAGAGCGCACGUACGCUACUGGAUUUAUUCCUGAUGUUUUUCUUCUUGUAUUGGAUCAGAAGUUCAGUGCUUUAUUGAUGAUGAUGAUGAUGAUAAUAUCAUAUUAGGUGGAGUGUAUUUAUCAUUUAAAUUAAUCUUAAUCUUAAAUUGACCGCUCAGGCGCACUGUAAUAAACUGGUUGUUAUUUAAAAAGCAUUGGAUAUGAGCGAGGCAUUUGUCGGAGUGACUGUACUGUAGUCAUGUCGUGCUCACAAUGUGUGUUUACCUCACAGCUAUCGGCAAGUGCAAUUUGUGCGACAGGUAUUUGUUUAUAUUAAACAUUUAUGUAAAUGAUGUAUUUAUUCCUCGCUGUCUUUUACAAUAAGCAAGUGAAUGUGGGGCUGAUUUCCACGCCCUUUGUACAUAUUGUAGUAUGUGGUGUUUAGUACUGGAGGGAGGAAUUUGAGCCUCUCUCUUCGUCUUUCUCAUUUAGGCUUUACAUGGUAUUGUGAAGUUGGUGUGUU